UUCUCCCAAGCCAAUCAACAUCACGACUUUAGCAAAAGCAGUUGUCCACUACCUCUACCGUCAAGUCGUCACAAUCUAUCGCAAUUGGCCGUCCACAAACACACCAAUUCGCACAGGAUGCUUCCCCAACGAAUUGUGCGCACCUCAGCGCUGCGCAAUACCCUCGCUGCUUCUCGACAAGCACCUGUCAUGCAGCGCCGCGGCUUCCUCCCUUCCCACUAUGCCGACAAAAAGGUUUUGGAGGAAAAGUAUCCCGGUCCUCCUGAGCUCAGUGCUGCUGAGGACCCCGGCAUGAACGGUGGCUACAUUAACCCUCCCCGAAUUAAGCGUCAGUUCCGCGACCCCCACGCCAACUGGUGGGAUCCCCAGGAGCGUCGAAACUUUGGUGAACCCGUCCACGAAGACAACGAUGUGCUCGGCAUGUUCUCGCCUCACGAAUACACCUGGACAACAACCGGCCCUGGUCUGACCAUGGUUGCUGCUUUCAUUGCUGCUUUCGGUGCCGUCAGCGGCCUGGUCUACCUCAACUACCCCGAUAAGCCCGCUUACCCCAGAGAAUUCGAGGGUGGCUUGGAGAGAGAACUCGGCGGCCCUAACGCUGUUAGAGCACGCAUGGAAGGCGACGAAGACCCUUAAAUCAAUCAACACGACACAAACAAUCAUAGAAUGUUUCAUUUGUACAUAUCAUAGGCAGGGAGCCGAUGGACAGGCAGUUGUUUUCUUAACAUCCGUUGGUAGAAGCUAUAUGCCCAAUCAAUCUUGGUGGUAUGGCUCAUCAACAUAAUAAAAUUUAUUCCUCCCAUU